CAGACUCUAAGACAAUUGCUGUGGGAGUAAAAUAUUCCAUAUGAUUCGGCUUUCACCACUGAAUUGUGUUUUUCUCUUCAAAGGAGUUCUUGUGACGCUCUUGGUCGUCUGCCUACUGGUCAUGGAGGCCGUGUCGUUACCUCGAAAAGCGCUCUUGGGAUUGCUGGUCCUCUCCGUGUCGGCUCUCCAAGUCGAUGCGCAUCAUGAUGUCAUUCAAAGUGGACCUCCUAUGAGGCCAAGAGAUCCACUAGUGAAGGAAAGGGGAGGUCCUAUGAUGCAAGAUUAUCUAGCUGUAUAUCCACGGGGAUCUGCUAUGAUGCCAAACGAUCUAACAACGACGGCAGGGAGAGCUCCAAUGAAGUAAAAAAAAAAAAAAAAGAUCUCCAUGUAAGAUAAAAACCGCCAUUAUAUUUACGCUGAUCAUGGAUGUCUGGUGCAUUACCCAUGGGUCACAUUCCAUGUAAUACAAAUGGCUGGAAAUUUGCAAUGAAUAAAACACACAUACAUUGUC